UAAAUGCUAACGUGUUAAAUUUUACUUUCCACUUGCGACAAAUAUUUCCUUUAAAUGGAGAGGAUGGCCUCACUCCAAAUUGAUGAAGUGUUGAAGGAAGUGCAACUGUUUGGAGGAGCAUUCACUUGCAAUCUGCCAUCUGCCUUUCAGGAUGUGAGUUCCCUACGAGACAUUCCAGACAACCAGGAGGUUUGGGUACACUCGUCACAUGAUCAGAGCAUCAUUGUGGAGCUAGUGGAGUACCAGAACAUUCCUGACCACCAGGCAGCAGGGUAUCAUUUCCAAGACCUAGCUGAGAGCAACAGUUCUACCCAAGAAGAGACGCAAGUAUCAUCAGUGGUCCCUCUCCCUCUGGAACAGCUCUCAAUGAACCAGCUCUCCAGUGGAUGGUUGCUCUCUGGUACUCAGAAGGUUGCCAAAUUCAACAAACCUGAUGAAUCGACGAUCAAGAUUCUCCUAAGUGUAUUGAGACUGCCUGCACACACUACGGACAUUCUAGUUAGCUUCAACUGUCCUAUUGAACUGGGAGCUGAUGAUGAUACUGAAAUGUUUGCAUCUGUUUUGAAAUCUAUAAAACUUUUAAAUCCAUCUAUUUUUGUCUAAAUUAUUAUUAAAAAUUAAUAUUUGUCUAUAUACAUGACUGCAUAAUAAUAUAUAUACACGAA